CACAGAGACAGGACUGCCUGACAUCAGACACAUCUCCACAGAGAUCAGACUCGUACUUUGAGGCCAUGUAACCCUGGCAGUCCCAGCAGAGGUGAAUUGAAACAGCAGGGAUGAAUGAGAACAGUCAAUCACCAACCAUAAACAGAAGAGAUCUAUCUACCCCAAAUGGCUUCAGCAAUGGUCCUGCCACCUCAACUAGUUCCUCUCCAAGUUAUCAACAGUUUCCUCCUUCCUGCGGAGCCAGACAACUCUGCAAACUGAAGCGAUUCUUGACCACACUACAGCAGUUCGCCAGUGAUCUAUCCCUGGAGACUGGAGAGUAUGUGAGGAACUUAGUGUUGGGACUUGUGGAUUCCACCUGGACCAUUGAGGAGUUCCAUACAAAGCUUCAGGAAGCAACAAACUUUCCUCUGAGACCCUUCGUUAUUCCAUUUCUAAAGGCCAAUCUGCCACUGUUACAACAGGAACUGCUCCACUGUGCUCGACUGGCAAAGCAAACACCAGCUCAGUAUUUGGCCCAGCAUGAAAAGUUACUCCUCAAAGCCAGUAGCUCCUUGCCCAUCGACUCCUCAGAAAACGUGCUGGAAGUAAAUGAAAACGGUAAACGGAGGACCCCUGCCAGGACCAAUGAGAAUAGGUUGGUUUGUGAUGCAGUAUACACAGAGCAGCUGCGUAAAAGAGCAUGCAGGCUCAGUCCCGGGCAUAGCUUCCAUCCCAGGAAUGGGCUCAAUAACCAAGCAAAUGCACUCCCACAUCAGAUACCAUCACCACCUCAGCACUGCCGCCUGGAGGAGUUAGCUGUGGCCCACCAACACACAGCCUUAUACAGGCAUCCAGAAAACAGGCAUCUCAGGGACCGGCAACAGACUACAGCUCCAGGAGUACAGAGAUCCCAAUCAGAUGUAAUUGAUCAUCACUUGACAGACAGAGAGUGGGCAGAAGAAUGGAAGCACCUGGAUAAUCUCCUGAACUGUAUCAUGGAUAUGGUGGAGAAAACACGUCACUCCCUGAUGGUGCUGCGUCGUUGCCAGGAAGCUGAUCGGGUAGAACUUCAUCACUGGAUCUGUCACUAUAGAAACUCUGAUGAUAUGAGAACAGAAGUACAUGGACAGAUUCUACAGGGGCAGGGUUAUAUACAGGAAGAGAUUUGGAAAAAGGCUGAAGAGGCAGUGAAUGAGGUAAAGCGACAGGCAAUGACAGAGCUGAAGAAAGCCGUAUUGGAAGCAGAGCACACGGCCCACAAAAUGGUCACUGCUGAGCGAGUGAAGAUGGAGUGUGCUCUGACUGAGACAAAGCAACAAGUCUCUGAGGCCAUCCAGUCUCCCAGCCGGCAGCAAGAGGCUGCCAGUGAGGGUUGUUGGAAUUGUGGUCAGAAGGCAAGUGAAACCUGCAGUGGCUGCAACAUGGCACGUUACUGUGACUCCUUCUGUCAGCACAAGCACUGGGAGAAGCAUCACCGUCUCUGUGGGCACAACAUUCAGCAUCUGCAAUCAAUCAACACUGCAGUCUGCAGCCACAAUGCUGUGAGUCCCGCCCCAUCUCCCUCAGCAACCUCAGGCAGGGACAACCCUGUAACUCCCUCCCCAUCUCCCUCAGCAACCUCAGGCAGGGACAACCCUGUAACUCCCUCCCCAUCUCCCUCAGCAACCUCAGGCAGGGACAAUGCUGCGACUCCCUCCCCAUCUCCCUCAGCAACCUCAGGCAGGGACAACCCUGUAACUCCCUCCCCAUCUCCCUCAGUAACCUUAGGCAGGGAUAACCUUGUAACUCCCUCCCCAUCUCCCUCAGUAAUCUCAGGCAGGGACAACCCUGUAACUCCCUCCCCAUCUCCCUCAGCAACCUCAGGCAGGGACAAUGCUGCGACUCCCUCCCCGUCUCCCUCAGCAACCUCAGGCAGGGACAACCCUGUAGCUCCCUCCCCAUCUCCCUCAGUAACCUUAGGCAGGGACAGUUCUGUGAGUCCCUCCCCAUCUCCCUCAGUAACUUCAGGCAGGGACAACGCUGUAACUCCUUCCCCAUCCUCAGGCAGGGACAACCCUAUAACUCCCUUCACAUCUCCCUUACUAACCUCAGGCAGGGACAACCCUAUGAGUCCCUCCCCUUCCACCUUCCCUGCAGUAACCUCAGGUAAGGACAACAUUGCCUUCCCCUGGACCAGUUCCAGCCAGCAGAUCCACCCAGUAGCUGUUGCCAGCGGCAGUGACACUGGAUCUACAAAUGCUUCUUGAUCUGUCGUUCCUCCCAUCCCAAUCCCUGUUGAAACUGCUUUCUUCUAACAUACAAUUUUGCAGCUACCCAAAUGAGCUUUUAACUUCAGAGUGAGAUUGUCACUUGUUCAUCCUCAAUGUUUCUGGAAUCUCAUUUGAUCCAAAUGGAACAGAGAAGUUAGUCUGAAUUUUUAAAUUCGCUUUUGAUUAUUUACCAAAUGUUCUCUAUUUUGGAAUGUGAAGGGUCCUGAACUUUACCGAAACUUGUAAUCCCAGUACAAAAGCAAAUUAACCUUCAGCAAGAUCCCACAAAUAUUAUUGAAGAAACUUUUAACGUGGAAAGUUUUGUGUGUGCUUUAAGAAAUCACAAAUACUCACUUGGCCACCCCUUUCUCUCAGACUCUCUGUCCUCGAACACUGUAAUAUUCCAAGGAAUUCAUACUUUUAUGCUGUGAACAUGUAGUCAAUGUAGAAGCUCUCACAGCUGUAUACAGUACCGGUAGUUCUGUUAUAAUGUGUGUUUCUUUAAUGCAUACUUUUUGCUAUACAGGUAUAGUGAUUUUCUAUAGCGUGAGGUCAUGAAAGAUUGCAACCAUUGCUUUAUAGGAGAACUACCUAUACUGGCUUUCAGACAUAUUUAAUCUUACAUAUACACUCUCUAUACCUGCUCAAACUCAAAGCUGUGUUCACACUCCCUUGCUAGCCUGCGGGAAAAUUCCAGGUACACCCCAACCCCAAAGUAAACCCCACAAAAAACAUCUGAUCUCAUACCCGUGUUGCGACACCAAACAUGAAGCCAGCAGAACUCACUGAGCAAAUACAGAGACCUUCAGCCAUGCAGGUCCUGACAAACACAACUUCCAAAUGGAGCAGCACGGGCCAAGCUUCUGGUAUUACAGCUAUGACUGGUUAGACUUGGGAAUAUCAGAUAUCCUGAAGAUCCACUUACAACAAAGCCGGUGAGAUUGAGUAUGUGAUGGAUUCACUCCCAUAGACCUUCAAGCCCUUAAGCACCUGUUGAGAAAAAGAUACCAUUUUUUGCUUUGUGGAGAAAGAAACAUAAAGAUGAAUAAAUGUGACAAUUGUGAAAAUUUAAAAAUCUUUUUAAGCAUGGCUGAAAUUUUGACUUGCUGAAAAUUCUAAUUCUCUACCACCCUUCGACCUUUAGUCUCACAGUAUUCUGCCUGAAAAUUCCCAAGGAAAGACUUUGAUGCUAAGAGACUUGUUGUUCUGAUGAUAUCUCAAUGUGAUUCUCUGUUGUUCAGGUAUUUUAUCAAUCCUGCAAUUGUUUUAUUCCAUGUGCGGACUGAAGUCAUGCCUCCCAUCACCAAUGGUUACCCUACCUGCCCCUGUCUCUAGCUGUGGAUAAUAAACAAAAUAAAGUAGGAGAACUUCUGGCAUUAGCUACAUGUUUGCCUUCAAUACCUCCGAGAUUCAGCAGAUCUUUUGACCUCAGAAAGGCCGCAGCAUCACUUACGUCGAUCAGCUUGCCCAUUCAGUGUGCGUGUUAAACAAAAACAGAAAUUGCUGCAGAAACUCAGCAGGUCUGGCAGCAAUUGUGAAGUAAGUAAACAGAUGGCUGAUGAAAUGUUUGAAUACAAUGACUCUGCAUGCUGACAAUAUAGGCAGGAACUGGGAAAUGUAGAUUGGGGGUGGGGUUAAUUGGAGGUAAAUCCACAACUGGCAAACGGGAAUCUUUUAAAGAUCAAUUGGUCAGCGUUCAGGACCAGAAUGUUCCUGUGAAAAUGAAGGAUAAGGAUGGCAGGAUUCAGGAAACUCGAAUGACGAGAAAUUGUGAGCUUAGUCAAAAAGAAAAAGGUUUAGGAAACUGAACACAGACAGAGCCCUCCUCAAACAGAAAUACAAAGAAAGCAGGAAAGAACUCAAACAAGGAAUUUGGAGUUCGAAGAGAGGCUGUGAAAUGUCUUUGGCAAACAGGAUUAAGGAAAAUCCCAAGGUGUUUUAUACACAUAUGAGGAACAAAUGGGCAAUUAGGAAAAGGGUAGGUCCACUCGAGGACAAAGGAGGGAAUUUACGCACGGAGCCUGAGACAGUGGGUGACGUCUUCAAUGAAUACUUUGCAUCAGUAUUCACCAAGGAGAAGGACACGGUGCAUGAUAAGUCUCAGGAAGGGUAUGUUGAUAUUCAAGGGCAGAUAAAUACAGGAGGUGUUGGACUUUUUGAAAAGCUAGGAGGUAUUCAAUUCCCAAGGACCUUAUGGGAUCUAUCCCAGAAUGCUGAGGGAGGCAGGUCAGGGAAUUGCUGGGGCCUUGUACGAAAUCUUUGAACUUAAUUUCAGUUACAGGAGAGGUCCAAGAGGACUGGAAAAUAAGACAAUGUUGUUCCUUUGUUUAAGAAAGGCAACCCAUGUAUAAUCCAGGAAAAUGCAGGCCAGUGAGCCUUAUGUCAGUAGUAGGGAAAUUAUUGGAGAAGAUUCUUAGAGCCAGGAUUUACUCAAUUUGGAAAAACACGUACCUAUUAGAAAUAGGCAUCGUGGCUUUGUGCAGAGAAGUUUGUGUCUCACAAACUUGAUUGAAUUUUUUCAGGAAAUGACAAAUAUGAUGGAUGAGGGCAGGGCAGUAAGUGUUGAUCAUAUAAUCCCUGCAGUGUAGCAACAGGCCAUUUGGCCAACCUAGUCCACACCAUCGCUCCGAAGAGCAUCCCACCCUGACUCAUUCCCCUAAUUUUGCAUUUCUCCAUGUCUCACUCACCUAACCUAAACAUCCCUGGGCACUACAGGUAAUUUAGCAUGGCCAAUCCACCUACCCUGCACAUCUUUGGACUGUGGGAGGAAACCGGAGCACCCGGAGGAAACCCAUGCAGACACAAGGAGAAUGUGCAAACUCCACACAGACAGUCACCUGAGGGUGAAAUCGAACCUGGGUCCCUGGUGCUGUGAGGCUGCAGUGCUAACCACUGAGCUGCCAUGCCUAUCUAUACAGACUAUACAGUCUGUAACAAGGCCUUUGACAAGUUCUGCCAUGGCUGGCUGAUACAAAAGGUGAAAUCAUUUGGGAUCCAUGGUGAGCUAGUAAAAUGGAUGCAGAACUAGUUUAGUCAUAUAAUACACAGUAGCAGUGAAAAGUUGUUUUUCAAAUUGGAGAUCUGUGACCAGUGGUAUUCCACAGGGAUCUAUGCUGGAGUCCAAUGUUGUUUCUAACAUAUAUGAAAAUGCUUUGGAGGAAAAUGUUAACAGCCUGAUUAGAAAGUCUGUGGACAACACAAAGAUUGGACGAACUGCGGAUAGUGAGUAAGAUUGCUAGAGGAUACAGCAGGAUAUAGGUAGGUGAGAGACUUGGGCAGAGAAGUGGCAGAUGGAAUUUAAUCUGUACAAAUACAAGGUGAUGUAUUUUGGAAGGUCUAAUAUAGGAGGGAAGGAUACAGUAAAUGGCAGAACACUUAGAAGUAUCAACAUAUGGAGGGAUCUAGGCAUAGAGGUCCACGGCUCCCUGAAAGUGGCAACAGAAGUGGAUAAGGUGGUCAACAAGGCAUAUGUCAGGCUUGCCUCAUUUUUCAGGGAAGAGUAUAAAAUUUGGCAAGUCACGUUGCAGCUGUAUAGAACUUUAGUUAGGUCACAGUUGGAAAAUUGUAUACAUUUGCCACACUACCAUAAGGAUGUAGAGAUUAUGGAGAGGGUACAGAAAGGGUUUACCAGGAUGUUGCCUGAUUUGGUGGAUAUUACCAAUGAGGAGAGGUUGGAAAAAGUUGGCUUGUUUUCACUUGAACGUCGAAAGAUGAGGGGGUGAAGUUGAUAGGCCAAAGGGCUUCUCCUAUACUGUAUGAUUCUAUGAUUCAUCAGAAAUUGCACCCAGAGUGGGAGCUUUGUAUCCACCUUCUGACAACUGAAAACAACAUUUUUUGAACUAUUUAAUUGCGUCUGCAAGAUGUUAUUUUACUGACACUGGCAUUGGGUCUGUUUAGUGAUCAAGAGAUGCUGAGGAGCCUCUUGCAUGGUAAUCAUUUGUUACAUAUAAAGCAGGGAGGUGAAAUUCAACCCUGAAUCCUGUACUAAAUCCAUCACCAACAUUAAUAUUCAAUGCUGCCACUAGCUGUCUAUACUACUGAAGUACUCACUAUCAAGGAUAAGCUUCUCAAAUAACAAAGUGUGGGGCUGGAUGAACAC